UCUGUGUGGAGUCUUCACUUUCUGAGACAUUCAUUUAUCUUCUGUGUGUUUUAGGAGCCUCUUUGCUAAUGAGUGUCUGUGGUGUUACCCAGGUUACACUCUGGACUGUUGAACAGCUGUCCCCCAUCACUUCUCCAUCCUGGGGUGCCUUUCCACACUGCUUUGCUGUGAGAGCAGCCACUCCUGGGCAGCUAACACACGUUCUCCAGCAUGUAACUCGCUCCCAGCAACACAGGAUUGAGUGCUGCUGCUCACCCACUCGUGAAUUACACCCCAGGGGAAUACCGGCCCAUUCUCUAGUCCCAGAUUCCCCCCCCCCCCCCCCCCCGAAAUGUGUGUCUGCACUCUCCAGCACAUUACUGAACAAUACAAUGUCAUACAAAGUCUGUCACUUCAUCCAUGGAAAAUGACAUGCACCAGGCUUGUUAUCCCAAGUGGAAUUUCUCACACACUGUAAUCCAACAAUAAGUUGUUCUAUUGUUGUAUCUAUUAACUACGGAAAGAAAAGAUUUUAAGUGACUACAAGGAAUGAGGCAUAAAAGUCAGAAUUGCUCACAAAAGAAAUAAAAGAUGAAACGCAAAGUAGCGUCUAACUUCACAAGCUAAAACAGAUUCACAGCAAAUGGCUCUUUCUCUCCGUAUGCAGUGACAGGCUGGGUUUCCUUUCAGCCAGGGGCCCUGCCUCCCAAAGUUCAGUUCUUCAGGAGUUGUUCAGAGAGAAAAGGGGCAGGAGAGAGAGAGUAUCAAGUGUUUUCCCCACCUCUUUUUAUAAUUCAGGCCUUGGUGCUAGAAACAUCUUCACUGUUCAGCUGAGUCAUGGUGACAGGCUGUCUGUCGUGGAGGUGAGGUUCAAGUCCUCCCUGUGAUAAAAUGGAAAUUUCUCGCUCACGCCUUCUCCAGCUCACUACUGGAGAGUGGCCAUUUUACCAGGUGCUGGCCUUGCUGUCUCUGAGGAACUGGUCUGUGGGUGUUCCCCAGAACUGUAACAUUUUUUUCAGUAACAUCUUGCAGUAAAAUCUUAUCUCUUUUGUGACGGGGUCAAGCCAGCCGGCUACAGGAGAGUGGUGGAAGGCAAGUAUAUUGGCCCCAGGAUAAGCAGGUUCCUUUUCCCCUGGUAACUGAACAGGGGUUACUCCAGGUUAAUUAAGACACCUGGGGCCAAUCAAGGGGCCUGCCAGAACCUGUUAAGAGCCUCCCCUCCAGCCAGAUAGGAGCACGUGAUAGGUGCUGUGGGAGGCAGGCAGGCGUAUUACUGGAGAGCUGGGCGGUGCAGAGGCUGAUGAGCACCAGGAGGGACGUCCCCCAGGUACGGAGGCGAAGGGCUGGGGAAACCCUACCCAACACGGCAAACAGCCUUUCAGGGAAGAGAACCCACCAGAGGGGAGAGACUGAACUGGGUAUCUAGCCUGUCACCACCGUGCCCAGAGGGGCUACCAGAGAUUAAGAGGCUCCCCUCCCCCUUCCCCUGUCACAAAGGCCAUGAGGAACCCUGCUCAGGCAAGGUGUGAACAAUAAACCCAGGGGCAUGGGGAAAUCCUGAGGGGGAGAGGAAUACCCCAGCCCGCCACUAAGAGGAAGUACGCAACCCACUGAGCCGGAGAAGGAGCUCUGUCACACUUUAUAUACGCAGUGUUUCUAUUUAACACACGGUUUAACAAGACAAUAAUGUUCAGCGUAUUAUGAGUUUCCAAAUGAUGCCUGACAAGGCAUACUUUGUACAAAAUAUAUCAUAAUUUUGCAAAACAGUGAAUACAGGGUUACAGACUGUCACAGUGUCUGUGUGUGUGUGAUCUCAGCACAUAUGUGUGUAUUUCAAUCCCUCUUCAGCAGAGUGUUCUGCACUUUGAGGAUCUGGGGAGCUGGCCCUGGGAUUUCACUGGUUUACUAAGGGCUGGGUUUUAAAUCAAUAAUUAUUUUUCAUGACAAAGUCUUAUGAAUUCACCUGAUCUCCUUUGUUUUCUUUCAUCUGAGUAGGGUUUCCAGUUUCCAAACCUGAUGUCAUCUCCCAGCUGGAACAAGGCACAGAGCCGUGGGUCCCAGACCUCCAGGGUUCAGAGGAAAGAGAGAUCCUCAGAGGUCCCUGCACGGCAGGUGAUGUGUCGCUGAGUGAGAAUGAGGAGCAGAAUUCUCAGCAGGAAGAUACUGAGCAAGUGGAACCACACGGAGCUUUCUCAGAAAUAUCCAAAAGGAACAUGUGUAGAAGUCAUGAAGAGAGAAAAAACUGUGAGAUUCAGCACAGGACAGAGACAGAGCAGGGAAACCAGCCAGGGGAGAAAUUGAGUACAUUUAUUUACCAUUGGGGAACUCACAAGGACCACAAAGAAACCACAGUCAAGCAGAAAAUCCUCAGAGGAAAGAGAAAAUCCACAUGCACUGAGUGUGGGGACAACUUCAGUGACUGCUCCGCCCUUAUUAAACAUCAGAGACUCCACAUGGGAGAGAAACUCUACGAAUGCUGCAAGUGUGGGAAAACCUUCAAUCGCAUCUCACAUCUCACUCGACAUGAGAUAAUCCACACAGGAGAGAGACCUUAUGAAUGUAGAGAGUGUGGGAAAACCUUCACUCUCAGCUCGUAUCUCACUACACAUGAGCGAAUGCACAGGGGGGAGAGGCCCUUUCAAUGCUCUCAGUGUGCACAAAGCUUUACUAGGAGCUCAUCCCUCAUUAGACAUGAGAGAACGCACACGGGAGAGAGACCCUAUAAAUGCUGUGAGUGCGGGAAAAGCUUCACUUCCAGCUCAAAUCUUAUUCAGCAUCAGAGAAUCCACACCGGGGAGAGGCCCUAUGAAUGUGGCGAGUGCGGGAAAGCCUUCAAUUGCGGCUCAGAGCUCACUCGACAUGAGAGAAUCCACACGGGAGAGAGAGCCCAUGUAUGCAGCGAGUGUGGGAAAGCCUUCACUCUCAGGUCAGAUCUUACUACCCAUGAGAGAAUCCACACGGGGGAGAGGCCCUUUCAGUGCUCUCAGUGCGGGAAAACCUUCACUAGGAGCUCAGACCUUACUAGACAUGUGAGAAUUCAUACGGGAGAGAGACCCUACGAAUGCUGUGACUGCGGAAAAAGAUUCAUUUCCAGCUCAAAGCUUAUUCAGCAUCAGAGAAUCCACACCGGGGAGAGGCCCUAUAAAUGCGGUGAGUGCGGGAAAACCUUCAGUUGCAGUUCAAAGCUCACUAGACAUGAGAGAAUGCACAGGGGAGAGAGACCUUAUGAAUGCCGUGAGUGCGGGAAAACCUUCACUUACAGCUCAGAUCUUACUGCCCAUGGGAGAAUCCACACGGGGGAGAGGCCCUUUCAGUGCUCUCAGUGCGGGAAAAGCUUCACUAGGAGCUCAGACAUCACUAGACAUGAGAGAAUCCACACAGGAGAGAGACCCUAUGAAUGUUGUGAGUGCGGGAAAAGCUUCAUUUCCACCUCAAACCUCAUUAAACAUCAGCGAAUCCACACCGGGGAGAGGCCCUAUAAAUGUGGUGAGUGCGGGAAAGCCUUCAAUUGCGGCUCACAGCUCACCAGACAUGAGAGAAUCCAUACGGGAGAGAGACCCCAUGAAUGCUGAGAGUGCGGGGAAAGCUUCACUGACAAUUCAAAUAUUGCUCAAUAUCAGAGAAUCCUCACAGGAGAGAGACCCCGUGAAUGCUGAGAGUGCGGGGAAAGCUUCACUCUCAGCUCACACCGUACUAGAUAUUGGAGAAUCCGCACGGGAGAGAGAUCCUAUUAAUGUGAAUUCGGGAAAAGCUUCUAUCAAAGCUCACACCUCAGUACUAGGGCUGUCCAUUAAUCGUGUGAGUUAACUAUGAUUAACUCAAAAAAUAAAUUGCGAUUAAAGAAAUUAAUCAUGAUUAU